AUGGCGUCUACGAAAGGCCCUGUUAAAAAGGGCCAGCCUUCGAUUAAGCAUAGCUGCAACUUCGAUGAUGCUAAGAGAAAGCUGUCAAAGAUCAGUGAUCAUGCUUUCCAGAGGCACAAUAGAAAGCGAGGAGAGACCAGGUUGAGCCAAAUCCUGAGCAGAGAUGCGUUGGUAUCAGUAGUUGACUUGAUGUGGGAUCGCUCUGAUUUCGCUUCUAGUAAUUUGAUCAGCUCACAGAAACAAGAAAAGCUAGAUGAUUUGAGUAGAGACGAAGAUAGAACACUGUUGCCUGCUGCUCCACAGAGCAGAGUUCAAUUAGUGAGCGUGGCAGAGAAGGUGUGCUAUAACAACCAAAACUAUAGCCAAUCUUUCUUUAGCUGUUUUAAUCAGAUUAGUGGAGCUAAAGAGAAUGGUUUGCCAUUGGAAGCUAAAUGGGAGAGAGAGAGAUUGUAUAGCUGGAUUGAGAAGAAAGAAGAUUUCGAAGACCGUGUUUCCAAUCCAGAGAGCAGUAAAGCAGAAUGUGCAUCAGGGAAUGACAAUAGUAGUGAUAGUGUCUUUGUCACAACUGGUUCAGAGGGUAACUCAACUUCAACUGAAUCAAGGAGUCCUCUAUUAGGAAGCAUCACAGGAUCGUCUGGAGAUACCAGAAUAUCAAGAUCUACUGAUGCAAACUAUCUCUUUUUGCUUUACAAAGAUAGGUGUGCGAAAAGAAUGAACAUAUUAAGUUCGGAAUGUAGCAAGGACUGCCAUACUGAGAGUACUUCUUCAGAUAAUAACCCACACAAAGACGGCUUAUCUGUGGUUGAAAAUAAGGAGUUGCUUGAGAGAGAUAGAAAAGACCAAGAGACUGAAGUUUGUUCGCCCUCUACAGAAGCGCCUACUUACGCCUUUGCUAAACAGCGGCAUGCUUUUGCUGGUGCGUUGGCUGGCAUUAGCGUCAGUCUUUGUCUUCAUCCACUUGAUACAGUAAAGACUAUGAUUCAGUCAUGCCGCUUGGAGGAGAAGUCAUUAUGCUAUACGGGAAGAACAAUUAUAUCUGAAAGAGGUUUUUCUGGACUUUAUCGGGGGAUUGCUAGCAACAUUGCCUCAUCAGCUCCUAUAUCUGCUCUUUAUACGUUCACUUAUGAAUCAGUUAAAGGAUCUCUGCUUCCUCUUUUUCCCAAGGAAUAUUGCUCACUUACCCACUGCAUAGCUGGCGGUUCCGCAAGCGUUGCAACUUCUUUUAUUUUCACGCCAAGUGAGCGUAUAAAACAGCAGAUGCAAGUCAGUUCUCAUUACCGCAAUUGCUGGACCGCAUUAGUCGGAAUCAUCCAGAAAGGUGGUCUACUUUCUUUAUAUGCUGGAUGGAGUGCAGUGCUAUGUAGGAAUAUCCCACACUCAAUCAUUAAGUUCUAUGUUUAUGAAAACAUGAAGAGAAUGGUAUUACCAUCCCUCGGUCCUCAUGAUCAAGCGGCUAAACCCACCACAUCACAAACGCUCCUCUGUGGCGGACUAGCUGGAUCUGCUGCUGCUUUCUUCACAACCCCAUUUGAUGUAGUCAAAACAAGAUUACAAACUCAGAUUCCUGGAUCUAGAAACCAACAUCCUAGCGUCUAUCAAACUCUUCAAUCAAUACGCAAACAAGAGGGUCUAAGAGGGCUAUACAGAGGUUUGAUCCCAAGACUGGUAAUGUACAUGUCCCAAGGAGCUAUAUUCUUUGCUUCAUACGAAUUUUACAAGAGUGUACUCUCUCUAGAAGCAGCACAACCGGAUCUAUCAGCUCUCUGGCACAAAACAAAAGAUGGAGAUAACCCUAACUCAUUAUAG